GGCCCACCACACUUUCCCGGACUCGCAUGGCUUGCUUGUUUUUAUGUGAUCUGGGUCUAUAUAUAGUUAAAAGACACUUCCCCCCUCCCCCCUGCACCAGAAGCCAAUCGCCUCUCAUCAGUUCCCUUUGGGAGUUACAGCUGUGAGAACUGUAAUGGAGAGGCAUGUAGCCCAGCAUGGUGCAAAUGCUAGAGAUAGAUUCAGCCAACUUCCGGUAGAGAUACUUGACCAUAUUAUGGGAUUCUUGCCUAUUCGACAAGCGGCUAAGGUUGCAGUUGUGUCUAAGGUUUGGAGGGACGUGUGGUCCAGUCUCACGCUGUUGUGCUUCGAUCAUGGCUUCUUCCGUGUUGCUGGUAAGAAAUCUUCAAAAGAGGCCCGCAAAGACAUCAAUGCACGCUCACGUUUCCACGUAAUCACGCAAAUUCUCUUGCAGCAUAGGGGAUCGAUUCGGAAAUUUGUUUGUUUCUAUGCAUUGGCGAUGACAGAAAUAGUUAGGUUUCCAUCGCUUGACGUGGACGAGUGUAGCGAAACGGGCAAGUUUCUCCCGGACAACUUGGACUUGAAAUCUAUUUCCACUCUUGAUAUGGACUAUUACAGUCUCAAGGAUUUUGUUGGCCAAUAUACUACAAAGGAACCCUCGCUACAAAUGCCCGCACUAAACGUGGAACUACUCAAGCUAUUGAAUUUUUGUUCCCAGGAUGAUGAUGAGUUAAUCUCUGCAUUUGUAUGCUUGCUGUCUAAUUGCCCAAAGUUAUGCAAUCUUGAGAUUAGUUUGUCGUGGGCAGGGAAUAUAAACAAGUGUAUAGAUGUCACAUUUGGGAAUUUGCGAAAAUUCCGCAGUGUGCUACGAACACACAAAAGGCUUCUGUGUUUGAAGCUUCGCUCAUUCAGAGGGUUGAGGCCCCAAAUGCAGUUCGUUAAGGAGAUGCUUGCCUGGCUUCCCGCGCUUGAAAAGACCAUUUCAGCUUUCCCCAUUUCAUUCUCAUUCAAGGGUGCGAAUCUCAGGCCUUAAUUUUUAUUCUUAAAUAUAACUUUUAUAACAUUCUAUAUAAUUUUUUAAAUUGAACUAAAAUAAAAUUUGAAAUAAAAAACUGAAAAUUAAAAAAAUGAAAUCACAAGAAGAAAGAAACAAAAUAAAAAACUUAGAUUAAAAUCCAAAAAACUGAAUUUAGAAUAAAAAAUUGAAAUUAAAAACCAAAAUAAAAAACUGAAUUUAGAAUACAAUUUUUUUGUAUUG